AGGCGCCUGGCGUCACCGGGUUUUGUGGUGGAGCUGUUGCUCAUGCCAGAGGCGGACGUGCCCCCGCCCCGCGCACACAGCACUGCAGGCACUGCAGGCACACCACAGAGCGCAGCUCAGAGCGCACAGCCGAGCGCACAGCCGAUCGCACAGCAGGCAGAGCAACAUGCAGCAGGCGCAGAGCAGAGUGGCGAGCAAGGAGAAGGGGAGCAGGGAGGAGAGGGCCGGAGCACCGAUGGGGGUGCGAGCCUAGACCAUGGGAGGAAGGGUGCUCCAGGGGAAGGUGCUUUGGGACAAGGUGCUUUGGGACAAGGUGGUCAGAGGGGGUUGAAGGAGGGAGGUGCAGCAGAGGCAGGAGCGGGUGAUGGUGGUGGUAGCAGAAGGGCGGAUGGGCGGAUAGCAGGGGAUAGCAGUGCGGAGAGUGGUUACUUGGGUGAGCUGGAAGAGAAGCAAGGAGGUGGGGGGAAGGGAGGGAAGGUGGCAGGGGAAGGGGCAAUAGAGGGAGGCAGGGGCCAUGAUGGGUCGAUUGGUGAUGGUUCGAGGAGUGUGGAUGGUAGUUGUUCUGCUGCUGAUGCUGCUCCUAAGGCCCUUGAUGCCACUACUGGCAGUCGCUGCAGCAAAGAGGGAGGCGAGAUAUCAGCUGGUGGAAACAUGGGAGGCACAGGCGGAGAGAGAGAGGCAGGUGGAGGAGGCAGCAGAGAAGCUUCGCAGGGAGAUGGAAUGGAGGUGAAGUGCAGGGAUGCGCCAGGUGUGACUGAGCAUAGCACUGCGGCAGCUGGUGCUGACACUGGAUCCACUGGUCCUAUGGACGACGACGACGACGAUGGUGGUGGUGAUUCUGGUGACAGGGAGCAGGAAGAGGAGGACGAGGAGGGUGGGGGUCACGGAAGCAGCAAGAGGCGGCAAGUGCCAGCCUUCUCAGCAGCAUCCCCUGGCAGCAUCGCUCCCAGGAGCUCCUUCAAAGAUGCUUUCAGCUACCUAGAGGAGAACUCUUCAGCAUCCGCAUCAUCAGCGUCAGCAGCAAAACCCCCUCUGGCACCAUCGUCAACCGACCCAUCCAACCCCACAUCCACCCCUCCGAGAAGCACCCUUGCCACAUCCUCCUCCCCGUCCCCGCUAUUAGCCUCCUCCGUACCACCAGCGGCAACGCCUCCAACCAAGGGGUCGACACCAGCAGCAGCAGCAGCAGCAGCAGCAGCAGCAGCAGCAGCAGCAGCAGCAACAGGAGCAGCAGUGGGAGCGAUGCGUGUGGUGGGGAACGACUCGAUCGAUGCGCUGCCGUCGUUUGAAGCUUCUCCUCCGGUGACAGAGAUGCCCAAGGGCGAGGAGUUCCUCUUUGGCCCUUCCUCCGACUUUGCCCUUGCUGCCGCCAGCGCUGCCGAUGCCUCGCUCUUCACGUUUGGGGACGAUGAGGAGGAAUAG